UCCUGUCAUUCCCCUGCGGCCGCUGCGGCUUCCUCCUGCCUGUAAGGCCCUUCACGUCCGCUUGGUGCUGAGUCGCGCUCGCGUUCUGGCGCCGCGUCCCCGCCGCCGCUCAGGCCUCCGGACUCGGCAGGAGACCCGACUCGGCGCCCCAGCACGGCGGCGGUCCCGACUCCGGACCGCCGCAUCUUCUCGCCGCCUUGAGAAUUGAAGGUCUGCAGAAAAACAUUCAAGAUCAUAAAUUUAGAUGACCAAGAUGGAUAUCCGGGGCGCCGUGGAUGCUGCCGUUCCAACCAACAUCAUUGCUGCCAAGGCUGCAGAAGUUCGUGCGAACAAAGUGAACUGGCAGUCCUACCUUCAGGGGCAGAUGAUUUCUUCCGAAGACUGCGAAUUCAUUCAAAGAUUUGAAAUGAAAAGAAGUCCUGAGGAGAAGCAGGAGAUGCUUCAGACUGAAGGCAGUCAGUGUGCUAAGACAUUUAUAAAUCUGAUGACUCACAUCUCCAAAGAGCAGACAGUUCAGUACAUACUCACCGUGGUCGACGACACGCUGCAGGAAAAUCACCAGCGCGUUAGCAUUUUCUUUGACUAUGCUAAACGUAGCAAGAACACCGCCUGGUCCUACUUUCUGCCGAUGUUGAAUCGCCAGGAUCUCUUUACUGUUCAUAUGGCAGCAAGAAUUAUUGCCAAGUUAGCAGCUUGGGGAAAAGAAUUGAUGGAAGGCAGUGACUUAAAUUACUAUUUCAAUUGGAUAAAGACUCAGCUGAGUUCACAGAAACUGCGUGGCAGCGGCGUCGCUGUUGAAGCAGGGACGGUCUCCUCAAGCGAUAGCUCUCAGUAUGUGCAGUGUGUGGCCGGGUGUCUGCAGCUGAUGCUCCGAGUCAACGAGUACCGCUUUGCCUGGGUGGAAGCAGACGGGGUGAACUGCAUCAUGGGAGUUCUGAGUAACAAGUGUGGAUUUCAGCUCCAGUAUCAGAUGAUUUUUUCUAUAUGGCUCCUGGCGUUCAGUCCUCAGAUGUGUGAACACCUGCGACGCUACAACAUCAUUCCUGUUCUGUCCGACAUCCUGCAAGAAUCGGUCAAAGAGAAAGUGACAAGAAUCAUUCUUGCAGCAUUCCGGAACUUCUUAGAAAAAUCAACUGAAAGAGAAACUCGCCAAGAGUAUGCUCUGGCUAUGAUUCAGUGCAAAGUUCUGAAACAGUUGGAGAACUUGGAACAGCAGAAGUACGACGACGAAGAUAUCAGUGAAGAUAUAAAAUUUCUCUUGGAGAAACUUGGUGAGAGUGUCCAGGAUCUUAGCUCAUUUGAUGAAUAUAGUUCAGAACUUAAAUCUGGAAGAUUGGAAUGGAGUCCUGUGCACAAAUCUGAGAAAUUUUGGAGAGAAAAUGCUGUGAGGUUAAAUGAGAAGAAUUAUGAGCUCUUGAAAAUUUUGACCAAACUUCUGGAGGUGUCCGAUGACCCACAAGUCUUAGCUGUUGCUGCCCAUGACGUUGGCGAGUACGUUCGGCAUUACCCGCGAGGCAAGCGGGUCAUCGAGCAGCUCGGCGGGAAGCAGCUGGUGAUGAACCACAUGCACCACGAGGACCAGCAGGUGCGCUACAACGCCCUCCUGGCCGUGCAGAAGCUCAUGGUGCACAACUGGGAAUAUCUUGGUAAACAGCUCCAGUCUGAGCAACCGCAGACUGCAGCUGCCCGGAGCUGAACGGGCGCUCAGCCUCGGGGUCUCCAGCCGCCCCUUCCCCCGGGGCAGAAGACCUGGAGUGUGAGUCGCAGUGAUUAGGGUCGAGAGCAAACAAUUUCUCAUUUUACGUGUCAUUUUCUUCUGUUGUGUAGCUUUCCCCAGUGCUGAUUUCAAUACGAGUGUUUGCCCAUUACUUUGUAUUAAAGUGGGUGCUUUCUGUAUCUAAGGAAAAAAUUACUGUUACAUAUACUGCUUGUAAUUUCUGUAUUUAUUGUUCUCUGGGAAUGCAUAUGGAAUUAUUAAAGGAUUCUCACUCCAAAUAUGUUUUUGUCUUUCCUUGUUCCUGACUCGGCCUUUAACACAAAUACCUCUUGUCCCAACCAAGUUGGGAGAAUUGUAUUUGCAAAAAUAGUGAAUGGUAAAUAAAUGUUUUGAAAUUAUA